AUGCGGCGAGAGCGUGGAGGUUCACCAGCACUUGCGGUCGUGCUUUCCAACUUGGGUAUCACCGUACUGUGGCCUGUAGUACCCCCGUACCUGCCCCUCCAGCUCCCGUCCAGCUCGUCGUGCCUGCCUCAGCGUCCUCCAUGCACAGAAGUUGGCAGGAACAACCUGGAAGUACCUAGCUGCCUUGCGAGGCGAGUCUGUACUUCCAGGCAGGUACUUGGUGACAUUCAGUCUUGCUUCGUCCCUCGACGUUGUUGCAACUGGCCAGCCUCUGCCCACGCAUCCAACUCUUCAUCCACUCGUCUGGCCACAUGA